AUGGAGCAGCAGGAGCCGCAGGGAACCAAGAACUCACGUCCGAGCUCGCAGCUCGCUUUGCAGAGAGGGAAAAAGGAAAAGGAAGACCUUGAAGAGAGAAGAGCAGAAGUGCUGGCUGAAGCUGCAGAGGCGGGAAAAAGCAUCCGCUAUGCCCGUCGAGAGUUCGCCAGUCGCAAGACGAAGAUGACUGCUCUCCGGAACCCAAAGGCAACAGCCACUGCAUCGAGAAGUGGGAUGGAGAAAAUCAUCUACGACUUCUACUCUGAUCUCUUCGACAGCCACGUCCACUUGCUUCCUCACCAUCUGAGGGAAGACGGACAAGUCAUUCCAGAGGUUCUCCCGUCCGAAAUACAACAUGCUAUCAUGUCGGUAAGAAAUCGUACAGCACACGGUCCCGACAAAAUAAGACCAGAACACCUGAAGAACCUUCCGCCAGUACUCAUCAACACCCUGGCGAGGCUCUUUACGCGUUAUCUGUCGGAAUGCAAGGCUCCUAAACAGUGGAAGACCAGCAAGACCGUGUUGUUGUAA